AUUCAGAACGAGGCGGAUAAUCAUCGAUCCAUUUUUCGCGAUUUUCAUUAUGUUUUUCUUCUUUCUCGUGUGCAGCAGAGCGAAUGGGGCGAAAACAGGACCGUUCCUCGCGCGACAAGACAGGCGCGUGCUUCUGGGGCGCGCGAUUAAACUCUUGAUCUGCACUUUCGUUCAAGCGUGGCUAACGCAAGGAGGGGCUCGACAUAUCUGAGGAAAAAUCACGCCGGAGGUCCAGAGAAACGCCUCCGCUUCGUUCCGCGCACGCGAAUCGCGAGUCGCCAGCUGGGGAACGAGAGAAAAUUCGAAGUGGCGGCUUGUUCCGAGUGUCCGCUUAUCCGGCUGUCCGUCCAUCGGUCCACCUCGUCAUGGACCUCGGUUCUCGCCGUGCGAGAAGUCGUGAAAAGAAAGUGUAAACAUAUGCGCGUGUUACACAGUCGAAGUGUAAUCAAAAUAAAUUACAUAUGCAACCGCGUCUGAAAUCACAUGUAUUCGAAGCACGCGCGUGUUCACAAGAACUGUCGCGAAGGAGAAAAGUUGUAAUCUUUGAGAGAUCAACAAAAUUUACCUGAACUCUUCGAAUGGAAAUUUAAGGUUCAUCUAUUUUAGCUCGCGCGAGAGAGAAUAUUCACACCCGCGCACGUGACUCAUCGGUGUGUCGUUGAUCUUCAGUAGUGAAGAAUCACGCAAGAGCGGAAGCGGUUUUAAGAAGAGCAUGUAUUUGUCUCGCCUGCCCGGGUAAAAAAAGUUGAUAGAGAACGAUAGAAAAUUCUAUCGUUUUGAAUAUGGAAUCUGGGUGCCUCGAGGAGAUUGAACUGCUUGAGCCCAUCACUUGAUAAAACAAAGAGGAUAUUCGGAAGGGACAAUGUCAACAACGGUGGACAAAGUGGAUCAGAUUUCCGACGCUAAUAAGCCGCAGCAAAAUGGUCGCGAGAAUAACAAGAGCGAGGAGCUGCAGCUGGAGGACGUCAAUGACAAUAACAACGACGAGACCAUCGAAGUGGAAAUGGUUGUACCACCUGACGGAGGAUGGGGCUGGGUGAUUGUUGCAGCCUCCUUUAUGUGCAACUUUUUCGUCGACGGUAUCAUUUUCAGUUUUGGCGUAUUUCUCAAUGACAUCGCAGAUGCAUUCUCUGUUUCGAAAGCGAGUGUUGCAUUUGUUAACUCGUUACAGAGCGGAUUUUAUCUUAUGGCGGGUCCCUUCGUAUCCGCCCUCGCCAAUCGAUACGGCUUUAGACUGGUGGCGAUAUUAGGAAGUGUGAUAAGCUGCGCCGCCUUCGUCCUCGCGUACUUCAGCACUUCUAUCGAAUUCCUUUACAUUUCUUAUGGUGCUAUCGGUGGCAUUGGGGCAGGUCUAAUAUACGUGCCGGCCGUGAUAACUACCGGUUUUUAUUUUGAAAAAUGGCGAGCCUUAGCCACAGGUAUCGCAGUAUGUGGUUCCGGUAUCGGUGCAUUUUUGCUCGCACCGCUUUCGAAUAUACUCUUGAAAACUUUUGGUUGGAGAGGAGCUUUUUUGUGUCAAGCAGGUAUGUUAUUACAUUGUGCUAUAUUCGGCGCGAUGUUCCGUCCUCUGAAACCAACGAGGAUUAAGGUAAAGAACACCCCGGAAAACGCUGCACUCGAGGUGAAAACUACGUUGAUAGGAAAAGGUGUGUCUACGACCUCGUUACACUGUGUGCAGCCGAACAGGAGCGGAUUCUUCGGCACGAAUAAUAAUACGGAAUACCCGACGGCAGCAGAGCUGCUCGGCAGCAGUCCUAACAUAGUAAACGCAUCCAAAUCCUUGCAUUCGUUGCACAAGGUGCAUGUGGAGACUCAAAUCUUGGAGAGAAAUGUAAGCACUUCGGAGAAACGGUUAUCCGCGCCAAUAUAUCCUGCGGAUGGUCCUGAUUUGGAUGCUAUGACUAAUGAAGAGAAGAUUGCUGAGGAAAACAAUUUGCUCAGUGGCGACUUAGAGCGAUUGAAUGGGAAAGUACCGACGAUUCGUCGACAUACGAUAAGUCGUCUCCGAACGAAUUCAGAAUGUAGCCAAAAAUCUCUUCGAAUGGGCAAACGUAACUCGAAAGAUCCACAAAGACCGUUCUACAGAGACGAUAUCUUCUACGGCGGCUCUUUGAAUAGACUUCCUCAUUAUAGGUCUCAGCAAUCGUCAGUCGGUUAUCACAUGUCAGUGACGCGAUUGCCAACAGCAAAGGAUGUGGCAGAGGAAGAAAGCGGAAGUUUCUACCUGUGUCCGGAAAGCGUGCGACGAAUUUUAACCACAAUGCUCGAUUUGAGCCUCCUAAAAAGUCCGUCCUUCUUAAUAUUAGCGAUCUCUGGUGGGCUCACCAUGAUGGGCUUUUACACACCCUUUUUAUAUGUGACAGAUCGAGCAAUAAAGGCCAAUAUUGACGCUUCUACGGCGAUGUUCCUCGUUUCGGUAAUCGGUAUCGGUAAUACCAUCGGUCGUAUCGUUUGCGGCUUAGCAAGCAGUUUGCCCGGAGUUAAUGCUCUAGUCGUGAACAAUAUAUUUAUCAGCGUCGGUGGUUUAGUAACUAUAUUUUCUGGCCUUUCUUUAACUGAGGGAUAUCAAUUCUUUUAUGCAGCCAGCUUUGGCAUCAGUAUAUCCGUCUUCGCUUCCCUCAGAUCGAUCCUUGUUGUGGAUCUGUUGGGCUUAGAGAAACUAACAAAUGCUUUUGGGCUGCUUCUUUUGUUCCAAGGUGUGGCAGCGACUGUGGGCGCGCCUCUUGCAGGUGCAUUUAUGGAUGCAACUGGAAGCUAUGACGCCUCGUUCUACCUGUCUGGCAGCUUGAUUCUUAUGUCAGCUGUUAUCUGUUAUCCGCUAAAGAGGAUCAACAUGUGGGAGAGGCGCGACGAGAAGAAACCAACCGCGAUAGAACCCUCUGCAUCCUGAUUGAAGGCGCAAAACUGUGCCUCAUUCUUCAUACUUCGCAUGCACGCGCUCGUUCGCGCUACAUAUACGUUGUACAUAUUAAUGUAUAAUAAUUUAUAAUGAGCGCUAGAAUCGAGAAUAUAAUUAUACCGCACGCCUUCAUGCCAUAAAUGGGAAAUGAUCGAUUUCGUGCGUGCGAUAGAUCACGUUUGCUCGCGUUCAAGAUAGCUUUAAAAGUAAAAUCCGAUCGUGCGCUUGAAAAAUAUUCUCAUCUAAUAAGAAGAUGCAUAACGCGAGAGGAAAAUGUUUUCCUAAUACUUGCGUGAUCUGCCUGUCAAAGACCUGACUGUUUUCUUCAACAGGUCUAUUCCACGAAGUGACUUAAUAUUUUUAUUCAUGAUCUAUCGUCUCGUAACAAUAAAUUCAUUAGUAAUUUUUAUAUUCCGUUGAAUUUCAAUUUUUUGGCAUUUCGUAAAUUUUUCCUCCUAAUAGAAGUUUGGGAAAAAAUACGAGUAUAGUUGGAUUUUAAAUAAUUCUAU